GCACCCUUACACACAAUUUCACAGUAUCAUUAUCCGAGGAAACCAGUCGCUGUACCGUAGUACUACACUAGUCAGCUGGUGCCUGAACUCAGCCAUUCAUUCACUCACUCACUGCACAUAAGGCUGAGACGGGGAAAGACGUUCCACCUGCUGGAUAUCUCACCAUGGAUGCAUUAAAAUCAGCAGGAAGAGCCAUCAUCAAGAGUCCCGGAGUACCCCGGCACACAUGGGGCACAUCCAAGCAUGAGAAGCUGCCAGAGAAUUGGACAGACACAAAAGAGACACUGAUGGAGGGGAUGGUGUUUAGUGUGAAAUACCUGGGAAUGACCCUGGUGGAGCAGCCCAAAGGAGAGGAGAUGGCAUCGGCUGCCAUCAGGAGGAUAGUUUCCACGGCUAGAGCCAGCGCAAAGAAGUUUCAGAAAGUUACCCUGAAAGUUUCACCAAAGGGAAUAAUCCUAACUGACACGGAAACAAAUGAACUUACUGAAAACGUCUCUAUAUACAGAAUUUCGUAUUGCACUACAGACAAAGCACAGGACAAGGUGUUUGCCUAUGUUGCCCAGAGUCAGUAUAAUGAGACAUUGGAAUGUCAUGCCUUUCUUUGCCCCAAAAAGAAGACUGCCCAGGCUGUUACCCUGACUGUUGCUCAGGCCUUCAAAGUUGCACUGGAUCUCUGGGAGACAGCACAAGAAGACAAAAGCAAGAAAGUGCACACAUGUUGUUCCUGCUCAGGGGUAGAAUCUAAUAGUGGAAUGAAAAGCCAUUGUGUUUCGGAUGCAGAAAAAACUAAUGGUCAAAGCAACGAAGAAAAAAUAGGGAAACCUUUUUUCUCCUCCUCCUCCUCAAUUCACCAGUCCACAUCACAACACAACACUCCGAUCCGGUGGCCACCUGUCAAACAGGAUUCAUGGGAUGUGGAUGAUGGACUCGAUGAUGCUUUUUCCAGCAAUGUGGAUGAUGCCAGCACAGCCACAGCCUUGCGGAGUCCCGGACCAGAACGCAGUGCUCGGAUGCCACGUAGCUCUGGAGAACCUUCAUUGGACUGACAGGGGCAGCAUCAGUAUCAAUUACCAGGCACAGUCUCAGAAGGAUUAAAAAGAAACAAGAAAACUAUGGUUUACUUCAAUUGAACUAGGAAACCCAAUUGAAUAGCAGAAUGGGGUAAAUACAAGAUGGGGUGAAAUAACAUACCGCAGGUACAUUGAUGACACUUAUAAGUAUCCUUUUUCCACAUUUAGAUUGAGUGUUGGCUGUACCCUUGAACAAUGCAGGAUGUGUCGACAAGGUGUCCAUGUAUGCCCAUUAUAGUGAAGGUGCAUGAGGGUCAGCAGCUGUGUUCCAUGACCCUAACCCACCCAUCACCUAGCCUGUGGAGCAUCAUUUCAGCCCCGCCCUUUAGAACAAGAUAUGCAUUUUCAUACUGGAUCUGAUACUUUCUGUCUCCAUAUAAUAGUAUUACACAUGAAACCAUUCGCGUAACUACUUGAGAAAAAAUAUGUUAACCAGAUCUUGCUCUGGCCAGGUACUGUACUGCCCAGAGGGGUUUGACACACACGCAACGGUGGCAAUUACUUGCACUGAUGGCUUUAUUUCAAGUGGUUGUAGCUAACAAAAUCAUUACCUUGCACAUCCAUUCCCUGAAGAAACCUCACAUGUUCAGUUUUUAAAGAAACACAACGUAUUCUCAUUUAAAAAUUUUUGGUGGGUCCCCAAGUGGCUUACCUGGUAAAUAUGCAGCCGCGUGGUGUGCAGUGUGAGUCAUACAGCGCAGGUUCGCGUCCUGGCUGUGCGGAGUCACCGGUCUUUGCUGGGUAUUCCAAAGGGAGCGUUGCAUUGGCUGUGAUGCUCCUGUGGGUUAGAGAGACAAAACCAGGUGGGACUGCUUUUCCUCAUCGCGCCACAUCGAAACCCUGCUGGUCAGGUGCCCAUUGAGCUCAAAAGCAGACACCUGCAGGGCUAGCCUUUGUCCUCUAGAGGCUGGUAGCUCGCUAACUUCCACUCUCGAGUUCCUGGGUGUAAAAGAGGAAGCUAGCUUGGUCAUGGGAUCGGAAGACGCCCACUGAACCUUCGGAUCUCCCGAGCUGUGUGGAGAAUUGCUGCAUUGAGGAGAUAAUUGGACAUUCCAAAUUGGGGAGAAAAUCAGGGGUAAAAUAAUUGGUCACACUAAAUCAAAAUUAAAUAAUUAUUAAUAAUAAAAAAUAGAUCUCUAUUGACAUGUUUUGCAGCCAAAUGAAACAGCAACAGACACACUUUAUUUUACUUAGUAUAGUGACAGAUAUUGUUUUUUAGAAUAUGGUUGCUAUAACAUGUUUUCUUUGAGAACUGCACAUUUGAACAACAUGAAACAUUCGUGCAUUUUUUUUGUUAACUACAGCCACUUUUGUAUUUAGUUGGGCCUAUGUUUAUGCUGAACACUAAAAUGUUUUCAGCUAUUUUGUGUGUGUGAAUUGAUCCUCUUGUGCACGCGCAAUAUAUCGCUGCCCAUGCUUCCUUUGUAUGAUGAUUUCUUGUUCGAUCCAUCGCAUCACAAGGAAUUAGCUGACCUUUUUCAAGGUAUCAACAUUCUUGUCUUUAGUGAUUAUUUGACAUUGCUUUAAGAAGGUUUUGCGUUAUUACUUCAUGUCUGUCUGUUAGAUUGGGAUUUCUGACUAUGAGAUUCUUCUCGAAUGAGAACUCUAUAGGUGAGGUCUUAAUCCAUCCUUGUUCUAACGCUGUCAAUAGAAAUGUUGAACUUUUCCGUCUCAUCAGCCUCCCAACAUUGUGCACAGUGUUUAGGCUGGCAAACUUUCAAGGAAGUAACAUUACUCUGAUGAAUACAGAAUUACAAAUGCCUAAAGACCAGCUCAGUAUGUCAUACCCCUAGAAAAGAGGACAAAUAUCCUAGUGAUGUACCCUCUCUGGAAAGAUCUGCAUCUAUACAAGGAGAGAGUAUCCUCUUGUCUCCACUCCACUUUGGGAGUUGGGUUUUUACUGGAGCAAUCUAGGUAAAGUACCUUGCUCAAGGGUACAGCAGCAGUGUCCCUCACCUGGGAUUGAACCCACAACCUUCCGGUCAAGAGUCCAAAGCCCUAACCACUACUCCACACUGCUGCCCUAUGUACUUCAAGUGUUAGUAAACAUACAUUAGUAUGUAUAUUGGUUGACUCAGUUGGUAUUUAAUUUAGAUAAACAUAACAUUUAGUAAAGGUUACAUGUUUAAGCGGUACCAUUAUUGAUUUUUACAACAGCUCCAGUAUCUUGUUUUGCCACUACACACCUGCUACCGGCUUCAUAAACAUUAGUGCUGAUCUAAUAUAUUAAAGGUUUCUAAAAAAUAAAAACUGUUUUCCCACAUUA